AUGAGGAUUUUCCCCAUUCUGGGUUGGAUGCUUUUCCCAGGCUGCUGGGCGGUGACGGGCCCCGGGGCAGUGCGCGGCCCCCCGGGCGGCUCGGUGGCUGUGCGGUGCCGGUACCGGACGGGCUAUGAGCGUUAUAAGAAGUUCUGGUGCCGGGCAGGAGGUUGGUUCUUUUCCAACGGUCACAUCGUUGAGACCGAUGGGUCGGAGGCGGAGGUGACGCGGGGCGGAGUCUCCAUCCGAGACAAUCACACCCAGCGCGUGUUCACUGUGACCCUGGAGCACCUGACACGGGCAGACGCCGGCACGUACCACUGCGGGGUAGUGAGAACUGGGCUUCGUGAUCUCAGGGCCACUGUGGAACUCACCGUCUCCCCAGCUAAUUCUUCCCCAACCCAAACAAUAAAGUCAUCAUCAGCGACAGUGCAACCAGCUUCUUCUUCCCCCUCAAUACCUACUUCCCUCUGGACAACUGCUGAGAAAGGGAAAUCCAGCUUCUCCACUAACCAGGACAACACUGCCUCUGAGGACCCGGAUCCAGACUCAGACAUCCUCCUCCGCGUCCUGCUACCAUGCGUCCUGCUGCUCCUCAUUUUGUUUCUGCUCGCUGCUGUGAUGUUGGUGAGACUGUCCAAGAAGAGGAAAAACGGAGCAUCUGUGCAGAGGGACAAGAAAAUCAACCUGUCAAAUUUGGGGUCAGAAGAGGUUUCUUAUGCCACUGUGACGAUUUCCACCCCCGACCAGCAGCCCAUCUAUGCCAACGUGGAGCAGCGCCCCAAGACAACACGCCCAGCCAAGCCCCCUGAGGAAACCCUGUACAGCGCUGUGAAGCAGCCGCCCAGAUACUAA